UCUUGGCGUAAGGUGCUGCUGCCAUUGUCAUCAGAUAAACACACAAGGGCAGAAGAAGAAGGACGAGGAAAUGAAUACCUUGCCCAGUCAGUGGCAGCAGGAUUACGACCCUUCAUUCUCUCUCCAACCAUUCACACCUCAGGGUUAGAGGAGCUGUCCCAGUGAUAAACUACCUACUCAGAGCAUAUAACUUCCAACCUUUCCUUGGGUUCUAGAGUGAAGGAACCCCUCCCUCCCCCCACUCACACACACACACACACACACACACACACACCCAGUCAGGAUGAAGCUGAAAGAGGAUCUGAACCCGGUGCUGCUGCUGCUCUUCCAGGUGACGGUGUGGCUGUACUCUAUCCUAGCCUUCCUCCCCUCUUACCUCUUCAGCUCUGUGUCAGAAUCAGACGCAGGCCUCGGCUCAGAACAGGAGAGGGCUCAGAGACUCAAGGCCCAGUCUGUGACGGGUCGCCCCGCGGGGCCCUACAGGGCCAUGAGCACCACCAAGAGGCUGGUGUCGUCCCUGCACCCCGGGGUAGACACACUGGAUAAGGUGUUUGAGGACGCAUCCAGAAGGUUCCCUGACAGAGACUGCCUGGGCACCAGAGAGGUGGUCAUGGAGGAGGACGAGAGACAGAGCAACGGAAAGGUCUUCAAGAAGGUGAGGACAGGAAGGACAGCAUGAGGACUUUCUGUUGGGCAAGAAACUCAAGUGUGUUUUCUGUUUGUAGUGAAAACACAAGACCUUGAUCUGCCAAGUCAGUCUAGCCAAAACAGGAGAGAACAGUCACUCAUACAAAACACACCUCUCUUGCCCAACAGAAAGGCCUCACGUCACCUCACACAGCUCACCAACACACAACACACAGGCCAAUCUGAACUUUGCUAAAAUAAAACACUGUCGCUGUGUGUGUGACUUGUAACACUUUUAAUUACACCCCAGUCAUAGGCUAAUCCCACUAGUCUAAUCACAGUACUGUUGAAACUCAUGUUGCUGCAAUAAAAUAAUGGUGUGUUUGGCCACCACAAUGAGACCUACAGCGACACUGUGUGAAUGUGCGGUAGCCUGUGCCAGGUCUGGGUGUGUGCAGUACCAGUGCUAUACCAGUAGAGGACAGUAUCACCGCUGUUUAUUAUGAGUGUUGUGAUUGAAAUUCCAAAAGUUAAAAAGCAUCCAUUAGCAAAAAAAAAUCCUACUGUCAUAUUACUGAGCAGAAAAUGCACAACCACAAGUUGUAGGCUUUACUGUGGAUAAAACAAAUACUGUGAACUAUUCUGCCCUCCUGCAUCUCUCCCACACAUUCUGUUUUGGAAAACUCUUUCUAAAUCUCUCUCCUCUCCUAGCGCGUGGGAGCUCGCUCGCCUAGAGGAUCGAGCUCGGGCUCGCCGAUAGGUAAGGGCUGCUGCUAUGAUCUCUCUCUUCUCUCUCUAUAUCUCCUCUCUCUCUUCUCUCUCUCUCUUCUCUCUCUCUCUCUCUCUCGUCUCUGUAUUUCUCUUUCUCCCUCCCUCUCUCUCUAACAUCCUGUGUGCUCUCUGUGGCACCCUGUAGGUGAUCUUGGGGCAGUACCGCUGGCUGUCCUAUGCUGAGACCCACAGUGCAGCAGCCCGCUUUGGCAAUGGUCUGGCAGUGCUUGGCCAGAGGGCCCACAACAAUAUUGCCAUCUUCUGUGAGACCAGGGCCGAGUGGGUCAUAGCAGCACAGGCCUGCUUCAUGCAAAACUUCCCCUGUGAGUGUCCACACACACACAAACACACACACAUGCGCGCACACACACACGCGCGCACACACAAACAAACACACACACACGCGCACACACACACAAACACACACACAUAGGGUAUACAUACAGUGCAUUGAGAAAGUGUUCAGACCCCUUGACUUUUUCCACAUUUUGUUACUUUACAGCCUUAUUCUAAAAUGGAUAAAACAUUUAAAAUAAUCCUCAUCAAUCUACACACAACACCCCAUAAUGAAAACAGGUUUAUAGAAAUGUUUGCAAAUUUAUAUUUUUAAAAACCCAGAAAGAUCUUAUUUACAUAAGUAUUCAGAGCCUUUGCUAUGAGACUCGAAAUUAAGCUCAGGUGCAUCCUGUUUUCAUUGAUCAUCCCCUCUGGUCCGUGCUUGUGACGCCAUAGCCUCAGCCCUCCUCCUCUCCAUAGACUCUUUAUUCAUCCAUCUCUCAUUCUUCCUCCUCUCCAUAGACACUAUUCAUCCAUCUCUCAUUCUUCCUAGUUUCUAAUUUCUUCUUAGUUUAGUCUGACUCAACCUGAUUGGUUGGCCUUGCCAGGAAUUUGUUCGCGGUUGUUUCAUAGUUCUAAAACUCAGAACAAAAAGGAUGGUUGCAGAGUAUAAGCUAUUCAAUCACCUCAUGAUUUCAUUUUUUUGUUUAUAAAAGAAGAGCGUGAACGUGACGGGACCUGACAGUGUGUUAGUAUCUCACGGCUGGAGGUGUCACGCCCCGUGUCCUCACACACACAACAGGAAGUCUCAGCCGUCCAUGACGCAUGGCAGUGAUGUCACUGGCCCUGUCCCAUAAGCCCCUUCUCUGUCAGCCUGCCCAGGGUCAGGUGACCUCCCCUCUCUCCCUCCGUCCUCCCCCUCUCUCUCCCUCCUCCUCUCUUUGUCCUGUUAGAGCGGGGUCAUGAGUGUGGAUUUUGGCCCGGGUGUCUUGACCCUUGCAAGCUUCUGGUGUGAACUCUUCACAGCCCAGCGUGAGCACUGCUGCAGCUACUAUCCACCACACACACACACACACACACACACACUGACAUAAAUACACACACGUACACACAUACACACACGUACACACAUACACAGACGUACACAUGCAUACAAAUUCCAUAAAAAUUCCACCUCAUCCCCAAGAGCCAGAGUCUUCAUCUGACUGGAUGGGAGUCCAUGUUGAGCCCACUGAUGGUGGGUGUGUAGACACAGAAAGAGAGCACUUACCCCUCAUUUUCUCCUCUACUGCCUGAGAAUGAUGAAUGCAUGGGGAGCCUGGACCUGGGGGAGCCUGGACAUGGGGGAGCCUGGACCUGGGGGGAGCCUGGACCUGGGGGGAGCCUGGACCUGGAGGGAGCCUGGACCUGGGGGAGCCUGGACCUGGGGGAGCCUGGACCUGGGGGGAGCCUUGACCUGGGGGGAGCCUGGACCUGGGGGGAGCCUGGACCUGGGGGGAGCCUGGACCUGGGGGAGCCCGGACCUGGAUCCCACUGAGUCCUACUGUCAGUCCUAUCUCAGAGCAGAUAGGCAUAUGUACAAAUUCCACUGCCUUUACUCUGCUCCUUCAUAUGAGUUUGUCAUCUGUCUGGCCCACAGUAUUCCAAGAACCUAAACAUCCAACUGCUAUCAGGAAAGGCAGUUGUACAUUACACUUAUCUAGCCAGAGAAACAGACAGGGACUGGUCAUGUUUUUCUGGAGAAGAGAAGUGUGUAUGUCUGUGUGGAGGAGUGUAGAGGGGAUUGGGGAUGCUUGCACGUGUACACGUACACACUCACACACCCUCAUCUCGGCACGUGCCCCUGGUCCCUGUGGUGAGUGAUACCCAUCUCUACCAGUCAGACAUAUAGUAAUGUAAUGUAGCCUGGGCCCAGCCCAGUUCAGCCUGGUUUAGCCCAGUCCCAGGCCACUCACUCACGCCAGUGACAGAGCCAGAGCAGACAUGAUGCCAUCGCUGCAGCGUUACAUUAACACAGCCCUGAAGCAGGAUAUAAUGAUCACUAGGGCUGUACCAUGUGGCCUCACUCCCAAACAGGAUAUACUGAUCACUAGGGCUGUACCAUGUGGCCUCACUCCCAAACAGGAUAUACUGAUCACUAGGGCUGUACCAUGUGGCCUCACUCCCAAACAGAAUAUACUGAUCACUAGGGCUGUACCAUGUGGCCUCACUCCCAAACAGGAUAUACUGAUCACUAGGGCUGUACCAUGUGGCCUCACUCCCAAACAGAAUAUACUGAUCACUAGGGCUGUACCAUGUGGCCUCACUCCCAAACAGGAUAUACUGAUCACUAGGGCUGUACCAUGUGGCCUCACUCCCAAACAGGAUAUACUGAUCACUAGGGCUGUACCAUGUGGCCUCACUCCCAAACAGAAUAUACUGAUCACUAGGGCUGUACCAUGUGGCCUCACUCCCAAACAUAAUAUACUGAUCACUAGGGCUGUACCAUGUGGCCUCACUCCCAAACAGGACCAGAAAAUUCACCCCGAUCUUAAAUCUUACUCUAACUCUAUCCAUACGAUAUCUUAUCAUAAGCAGCAUUAUCUGAUGAUACCUCAUUGGUCUUACCUUAGUGUGUGUGUGUAUGUAUGUAUGUAUGUGUGUGUGUGUGUGUGUUGCAGUGGUCACUCUGUACUCUACCCUGGGGGGUCCGGCCAUCACUCACGGUCUGAACGAGACAGAGGUCAGUCACAUCAUCACCAGCAGAGAGCUACUGGAGACCAGACUCAAAGUGAGAGAACACACACACACACACAAACACACACACACACAUCUGAAAAUGUGUAGAUAUGAAUUUAGGAGGUAAAGGAAGAAGGGACAGGAAGAGUGUGAAAGAGGAGUUUGUGUGUGGGAGAGAGAGAAGGAGGGGGAGAGGUACUAUGCCCACUGUUAUCAGUGUGUGAUGCAGAGUAGGACCAGAGAGACACAGACCAACACACUGGGUUAGAGACACAGACCAACACACUGGGUUAGAGACACAGACCAACACACUGGGUUAGAGACACAGACCAACACACUGGGUUAGAGACACAGACCAACACACUGGGUUAGAGACACAGACCAACACACUGGGUUAGAGACAGACCAACACACUGGGUUAGAGAUACAGACCAACACACUGGGUUAGAGACACAGACCAACACACUGGGUUAGAUCACAGACAACACGGUAAGACAGCAACACACUGGUUAGAGACACAGACCAACACAUGGGUUAGAGACACAGACCAACACACUGGUUAGACACAGACAACACACUGGGUUAGAGACACAGACCACACACUGGGUUAGAACACAGACCACACACUGGGUUAGAUACACAGACACACACUGGGUUAGAUACACAGACCAACACCGGGUAGAGACACAGACCAACACACUGGGUUAGAGACACAGACCAACACACUGGGUUAGAGACACAGACCAACACACUGGGUUAGAGACACAGACCAACACACUGGGUUAGAGACACAGACCAACACACUGGGUUAGAGACACAGACCAACACACUGGGUUAGAGACACAGACCAACACACUGGGUUAGAGACACAGACCAACACACUGGGUUAGAGACACAGACCAACACACUGGGUUAGAGACACAGACCAACACACUGGGUUAGAGACACAGACCAACACACUGGGUUAGAGACACAGACCAACACACUGGGUUAGAGACACAGACCAACACACUGGGUUAGAGACACAGACCAACACACUGGGUUAGAGACACAGACCAACACACUGGGUUAGAGACACAGACCAACACACUGGGUUAGAGACACAGACCAACACACUGGGUUAGAGACACAGACCAACCACUGGGUUAGAGACACAGACCAACACACUGGGUUAGAGACACAGACCAACACACUGGGUUAGAGACACCAGACCAACCACACUGGGUUAGAGACACAGACCAACACACUGGGUUAGAGACACAGACCAACCACUGGGUUAGAGACACAGACCAACACACUGGGUUAGAGACACAGACCAACACACUGGGUUAGAGAACACAGACCAACCAACUGGGUUAGAGAACAGACCAACACACUGGGUUAGAGACACAGACCAACACCACUGGGUUAGGAUACACAGACCAACACACUGGGUUAGAUACACAGACCAACACACUGGGUUAGAGACACAGACCAACACACUGGGUUAGAGACACAGACAACACAUGGUUAGAGCCACAGACCAAACACUGGGUUAGAGACACAGACCAACACACUGGGUUAGAGACACAGACCAACACACUGGGUUAGAGACACAGACCAAACACACUGGGUUAGAUACACAGACCAACACACUGGGUUAGAGACACAGGACCAACCACACUGGGUUAGAGACACAGACCAACACACUGGGUUAGAGACACGACCAACACACUGGGUUAGAGACACAGACCACACACUGGGUUAGAGACACAGACAACACACUGGGUUAGAGACACAGACCAACACACUGGGUUAGAGACACAGACCAACCCACUGGGUUAGAGACACAGACCAACACACUGGGUUAGAGACACAGACCAACACACUGGGUUAGAGACACAGACCAACACACUGGGUUAGAGACACAGACCAACACACUGGGUUAGAGACACAGACCAACACACUGGGUUAGAGACACAGACCAACACACUGGGUUAGAUACACAGACCAACACACUGGGUUAGAGACACAGACCAACACACUGGGUUAGAGACACAGACCAACACACUGGGUUAGAGACACAGACCAACACACUGGGUUAGAGACACAGACCAACACACUGGGUUAGAGACACAGACCAACACACUGGGUUAGAGACACAGACCAACACACUGGGUUAGAGACACAGACCAACACACUGUGUUAGAGACACAGACCAACACACUGGGUUAGAGACACAGACCAACACACUGGGUUAGAGACACAGACCAACACACUGGGUUAGAGACACAGACCAACACACUGGGUUAGAUACACAGACCAACACACUGGGUUAGAUACACAGACCAACACACUGGGUUAGAGACACAGACCAACACACUGGGUUAGAGACACAGACCAACACACUGGGUUAGAGACACAGACCAACACACUGGGUUAGAGACACAGACCAACACACUGGGUUAGAGACACAGACCAACACACUGGGUUAGAGACACAGACCAACACACUGGGUUAGAGACACAGACCAACACACUGGGUUAGAGACACAGACAUACAGUCCAUACUCCCUCCUGAGGAGAGAGACAUGGUACAGAGCCAGUAAAGCAAUAUGUAUCUGUCAAAACCUCAAAGAAUUGACUCACAUGUUUAGGUUGUCUAAACAUACUGAAGUAGAAUGAUGUACAAAGUGCAUGUGUUUAUUUUGCAUGUCCACGUGUACGGAAAGGUCAAGCCUUUGAAAACAUACUUGAAAAUGAACACGUAAACAAAACCACUGUUUGUAGCCAGCAGCCAGUCUGCGACCAGAAGGAAUCAGCCAAACCCUAUCAGUAUGCCCUAUCCCUGUCCCGACCAACCAUUUGAUGGUUAUAGUAUAGCUGUCUUAAAGACUUCUUUGUGUGUUUCCUGGUUGAGUUUAGUUCAUCCUGUUGGAGGUGCCCAGGCUGCAGCACAUCAUCGUGGUGGAUGACACGCCCACCAAGUGGCCCGGUUACCCACGAGGCAUCAGUGUCCACAACAUGGCCACUGUUCAGGAGCUGGGGACCAAGCCUGAGAAUGGUAAACACGUGUGUGUGUGUGCGUGUGGACUCAACAUUUCUUUAACGGCAUUACACUGAAAUGUACAGACAUGUAUAACAUAGUUAUGCAUUCAUUUAUUAUUUUGUAGGUAAUUACUUUUCUGGACAAGGCUGUAGUCACUAGUCAGUGCAGAGUCAUCUCUCCUUACAGUAUCUCCUGCUAGCUGAUAGAUACUGUAGUCUCAGAGAUACUGUAGUCUCAAAGAUAAUAUAGUCUCAGAGAUACUGUAGUCUCAAAGAUAAUAUAGUCUCAGAGAUACUGUAGUCUCAGAGAAACUGUAGUCUCCGAGAUACUGUAGUCUCAAAGAUACUGUAGUCUCAGAGAAACUGUAGUCCGAGAUACUGUAGUCUCAAAGAUACUGUAGUCUCAGAGAUACUGUAGUCUCAGAGAUACUGUAGUCUCAAAUAUACUGUAGUCUCAGAGAUACUGUAGUCUCAGAGAUACUGUAGUCUCAAAGAUACUGUAGUCUCAGAGAUACUGUAGUCUCAAAGAUACCGUAGUCUCAGAGAUACUGUAGUCUCAAAGAUACCAUAGUCUCAGAGAUACUGUAGUCUCAAAGAUACUGUAGUCUCAGAGAUACUGUAGUCUCAAAGAUACCGUAGUCUCAGAGAUACUGUAGUCUCAAAGAUACUGUAGUCUCAGAGAUACUGUAGUCUCAAAGAUACUGUAGUCUCAGAGAUACUGUAGUCUCAAAGAUACCGUAGUCUCAGAGAUACUGUAGUCUCAAAGAUACUGUAGUCUCAGAGAUACCGUAGUCUCAAAGAUACCGUAGUCUCAGAUAUACUGUAGUCUCAGAGAUACUGUAGUCUCAGAGAUACUGUAGUCUCAGAGAUACUGUAGUCUCAAAGAUACUGUAGUCUCAGAGAUACUGUAGUCUCAAAGAUAAUGUAGUCUCAGAGAUACUGUAGUCUCAAAGAUACUGUAGUCUCAGAGAUACUGUAGUCUCAAAGAUAAUAUAGUCUCAGAGAUACUGUAGUCUCAGAGAAACUGUAGUCUCCGAGAUACUGUAGUCUCAAAGAUAAUAUAGUCUCAGAGAUACUGUAGUCUCAGCGAAACUGUAGUCCGAGAUACUGUAGUCUCAAAGAUACUGUAGUCUCAGAGAUACUGUAGUCUCAGAGAUACUGUAGUCUCAAAUAUACUGUAGUCUCAGAGAUACUGUAGUCUCAGAGAUACUGUAGUCUCAAAGAUACUGUAGUCUCAGAGAUACUGUAGUCUCAGAGAUACUGUAGUCUCAGAGAUACUGUAGUCUCAGAGAUACUGUAGUCUCAAAUAUACUGUAGUCUCAGAGAUACUGUAGUCUCAGAGAUACUGUAGUCUCAGAGAUACUGUAGUCUCAGAGAUACUGUAGUCUCAAAGAUACUGUAGUCUCAAAGAUACCGUAGUCUCAGAUAUACUGUAGUCUCAGAUAUACUGUAGUCUCAGAGAUACUGUAGUCUCAAAGAUACUGUAGUCUCAAAGGGGGAGGUGGCUCAUUAGGUCAUGUGAAUGAGGAAGUGGACACAUCUGUGUCAGAUUAAAGCUUGGAGAGGAAAUACUCUACCUUUCUCUCCUAUUUCCCUUUCUCUCCUAUUUUCUCCUUCCCUUCCUCUAUCUUUCCAUCCCUCCUUUUCUCCGUCUGGUCUCUAGUGCUGCACUGCUUGACCCAUAACAAGUAGAGCUGGUACUGUGAAGGGUAGGUGUGUGUGUGUGUGUGUGUGUGUGUGUGUGUGGGUGUGUGUUGCAGUGGUCACUGCUAAAAUAGCCUGCUGUGGUCUAGGCCUAAAUCAGUGGAAGUGUGUGUGCGUGUUUGUAGGUUUUAUUGUUUGUUAGUAUUUAUCAGUUGAAACUCAUGUCAGAAGGACAGAGAGUUACAGAGUGAGUUUGAGCAGCAGGACAAUGCUAUGAAUCAGUGGCUAGGGAAAUGAACUAGAAAAUGGGCUGCAGGGACAGACAUGCCACAGCAUUAGCACCAAACCAUGCAGGAUAGCAUAUCAUCGCUAUCUGACCUGUGGGAUUAGGAAGGAGGGUCAUGUUUAUAGACACUUCUGUAAACUUCACAUGACAUCACUCCACCCCCCCCCCCCCCCCCCCCACCCCUAUCUCUGGGUCCAUGUUUAUGUCAGAACAUGGCCCCUCCUCUCGCAUGCGGUUGACUCCAAGUCACGUCCCCCUCCUCUCUCCCUCUCCUAUCUCCCUCUCUUUUGCUCCCUUCUUUCUCUCUCUGUCUUCUGUUUGGGUUGUGUUUUAUUUUUCUGCACCCGCUGGUGACGUCUUGGAAAUGUUUAUAUUCCACACGACACUGAGCAAGCCCCCCCCCCCCCCAGCCCUAAAAAAAACAAUAAAAAACACGUCUUCAUUUUCCACAUGAGGACAACUGAGAGAAAACUGCUGACUGUUGUUUCUUAUAUAAUUUAGAACAGGGAUUUAUUUUUAUUUUUUAGCUCGAUAAAUUUAUAAAUUGGCCAUCCUCCCGUGACCCAAAUCAUCCUCCAACAACCCAAAUGAAGAAGAAAUAGUGUGUGAUUGUAGAUGUAGUCUUAUAACACACCUCUCACAUGCCUAGGGCCCACUUUGGGUCCCAACCCAUAGUUUAAGAAACCUACAUGAUCUACAUUUGACAUUUUAGUCAUUUAGCAGACGCUCUCAUCCAGACCGACUUACAUUUAGUGAGUGCAUACAUUUUUCACACUGGCCCCCAGUGGAAAACGAACCCACAACCCUGGCGUUGCAAGCGCCAUGCUCUACCAACUGAGAUCUAGAGUCAUCUCACUCCUUUUCACAUUGUCAGAAUCCACAUUGCAUGACAUAAUAUAAUUUCUGAGUGGCUUUUUGGCAAGCCUAGACAAGAGUAACAUGUCUUGGAGAACUUAAGUCCAAACAUUUGAAGUGGGCUGACGGGGAGGAGAGGCUUUACUUCAAUUGAACAAAUCUCAGACAGUUAACACACAGCCAAAACUCAGAGAAGAAAGAGAGCAGAGGAAGAGAGCCGUAGAGAGGGAGAGAGGGAGAGAGAGACAUAAAGGAAGAGAGAGAGAGGUAGAUGGUGUUAUUAGCAGUAACACAGCUCUUAGAAAUACUGUAUCUUCCUACUGAGAGUACCAAGAGGCUGAAGGACGUUUACUAAAUGGUGCCAUUGAGUUUAAUGUGAUUUAAUGUUUCAUUUGACUGAUGUUCCUCUCCCUCUUCAUUCCAUUAGGAAUGUUCCUUUCUUCUUCUCUUUAGAUAUUCAUCAUUAUGUGUGUUUUAUUCCACUUCCUCUACCCCCAUCUUGUUUAACGACACCCAUAUCUUCCCAGGACCUUCGCCUACAGACUUCACAUCCUAGACUAUAUAUCCUAACAUGGACUUAACAAGCCUCCUCCAUUUAUUGUCCUGACCUGCACCAUAUCUUAUGAUCUCCCAUGAACUCCCUUUUCCUACAAUAUGCUGAAUAUUUACAAAAACAUGCUUUCAUGCCAUGCCAUGAACUAAUUUGUUUCCUGUGUGUGUGUGUGUGUGUGUGUGUGUGUGUGUCUCUGUGUGUGUGUGUCUCUGUGUGUGUGUGUGUUUGUGUGUGUGUGUGUUUGUGUGUGUCUGUGUGUGUGUGUGUGUGUGUGUGUGUGUGUGUGUGUGUGUGUGUGUGUGUGUGUGUGUGUGUGUGUGUGUGUAUAGUGUCUCGUGGGUGUAAACAGCCCAUGCCCUCUGACAUCGCUGUCAUCAUGUACACCAGCGGCUCCACUGGCGUACCCAAGGGCGUCAUGAUCUCCCAUAGCAACAUCAUCGCUGGCAUCACUGGCAUGGCAGAAAGGAUACCCAACCUGGGGUAAGUACCACAAACCUGCCAACCUUAUACCCUCUCUUUACCCUCCUGGGCUUUACAUACCAUCACCUUCCUCCAGUACCAAACUACUAUCGACAUUUCCUAAUAAGCUGAAUUUUCAUGAAUCAUCGAAUACCACUUUGAAUACUCUAAGAAUUUUGACAGUCCAAGCUGGCUUCCAAAGUGCACCUUAUCCAGGAAGAUGGAUAAAAUGUUUACACAGCCCUUUUUCAAUUGGAGCUGUCUUAGAGGAAGAUCCCAUAAUGUCCUUUCUAUGCAUUUUUGACUGAUCUCAGCUGUCAGUGGGGGAGUACAGUGGGAUGGUUAUACAUAGUAGGUCCCAUUUCAACGCUGAAUUAAAGAAAACACUCAAAGUGAUCUAUGAGGACAACUUCCUGAUUGGGGCCUUGGUGUCAACUGAGCACGUGCAGAAGUGUGGGUUUAAGGCUGUGCUGUAAACACAAGUAGAUACUCUACCAUCACACUGGUGAUCACCAUGACGACAUAUGCUUUGUGUUCUCACUUUCUCUGGAGAACAGGAUUGGGGGAAGAGAGGAAAAUGGGAAAAGGAGGAUGGGAGAGAGGGGGUCAGGUUGUUACCCUUCAGAGAGCAACAUCAUCUUGAUCUGGCCCAGAAGGACAUUUACUGCAGUGCUUUGUGUAUUUUGUUGUUUAAUUGUGUAAACCUUUCUUAUACAUAUAGUUUUGUCAUGCAAGUUUAUUGAAAUAUGAUUGUGUACUGUUGGACUGUUGCCUGUCUGUCUGUCUGUCCGUAUGCUAGAAUAAUAAUGAGUUAUUUAUAUUGUGCUGUGGCAGUGAGAAUGACACCUACAUCGGGUACCUCCCCCUGGCCCAUGUGUUGGAGCUGAGUGCAGAGCUGGUGUGUGUGGCUCACGGCUGCAGGAUCGGAUACUCCUCCCCCCAGACACUAGCGGACCAGGUGAGGUGGUCCCCCCCUGCUCUGUAUAUCACAUGCUUGGACUGUACAUUACUAAACACAUAUAUAAAAGGUGAAUAUAUGUGUAGAGUACCUGUAUCAUAACUGUAUCCUUUCUCUCACACCAGUCGACAAAGAUAAAAACAGGCAGUAAAGGAGACACCAGUGUUCUGCAACCUACUCUUAUGGCAGCUGUGCCGGUAAGACGUACAUACAGUACUGUACAUGUAGGGUUGCUUUCCCAGACACAGACUAAGAUCAGUACUGCUGGUCCAGUACAGACAGUUUCCCCUGAAGAUAGAUAGGAGCCGUGAUUGAGAGGAGCUGCGAGAGAAAGAGAGAGAGAGAAACGAGAGAGAGAGAGAGAGAGUAGAGAGAGAGAAGGAGAGAGAGAGAGAGAGAGAAGAUAAAAGAGAAGAGGGAGAGAGAGAGCAGAGAAAGAAAAAGAGAGAAAAGAAGAGAGAGCGGUAGAGCGAAGUCGAGUAGAGAAGAAAGCAGAACAAAGAGAAGAAAAGAGAGAGAGAGAAAGAAAAAAAAAGCAGAUCUCUCUCUCUCUUCUCUCUCUCUCUCUAUCGCUCUCCUCUCUCUCUCUCACUAAACUAUGCUCUCUCUCUCUCUCUCUUUAUCUCUAUCUCUAUCCCUCCCCCUCUCUCUCUCUUUCCUGUCACAGUACCCCAAGCCAUUCUGUGAUUUUAUUUCAAUGUAGAAAAUAGUUGAAAUGUUAUAUACAGGUGUAUACAGGUGUGAGUUAUUGAGCCUCCCUCACUCUUUCACUACAUACUGUGACUCAGUCCCUCACUCUUUCUCUCUUUUUCUCUUACUCUGGUGAGUCAUUCAGUCCCUCACUCUUGUCUGUCUCUGUCUCUGUCUCUGUCUCUGUCUCUGUCUCUGUCUCUGUCUCUGUCUCUGUCACUCUCCCUCUCUCUGUGAGACCCCAUGCAUCUCUUCAUCUGUGUGUUCCCCCAUGAGGACCCUAGGAGUCAGGGGACACAGGUCAGAGGGCCCCAGUGUCUGGAACCAUUCACAGCUGUAAACAGAACGUGAGAAAGCCCUGUGUGGUUUUCCCCGUCAUAGACAAACACACACUCCCUCACUCACUCUCACUCUCACUCUCUCUCUCUCUCACACACACACACACACACACACACACACACACACACACACACACCGCUCACAGUGUGUAGUUUCGUCUGUGAUACCAGUCUGCAUGUGUCCCACAUCAACUUCCUAUCUCACUACUUUAUCUAACAUGCACAGAAACACAGACUCUCACACCCACCAGCUGGUUUUUGUUGUUUGUUGUUUGUUGUGCCCUUUACUCCAUUAAAACUUGGAGCCCGGUUUUGGAACUCACAAACUCAUGACUUUAAUAACGAAGUGAUCUGGGUUUUAGUGGGGUUGGACAAACUCUCCCUACAGUCACCAUGUCGCUAAGAAACAGAUAGUGCUAAGUCACACACGCACACACACACGGACAUGGUGCCAUCUUUAAGAUAUUAUAGCAUCAAUCCCAUAAUCUCCUUCAGAGUGGAAUCUGAGAUCCGAGAACAACUGACUGGACAACUGAAUGACUUUAGGCUCCUCUCCUUCUCUCUUUAUCAAUCUCUCUGGGAGUGAUGAGGUCACUGUUUUCCAUGCCCACAGGCAGCUAGCAGGGUCGGGCAUUCCCAUUUUAUUGUUUACUGAAACACUGAAUGUUUUCAUAUUGACCAGAUUGUUCCCCAAUACACCACAGUAUAUUCUGAAUGCUUUAAUAGUUGCUGAAUCUGUGAGCAUCUUUACAGAAUUGAUUGAAUUUAGACCUAUCUAAGAUAUCAUCUAGCUAAGACCUCUAAUAUUGAAAUGGUUGGUCUGGGACUUGGUCUUGUUUUCAUGCCCAGGACACAGAGUCUCUGCUGGGCAGAUACAGAAGAGACACUGGCUGAUGUCACCCCCUCCAUGUAUUAUCUCUGUGCUCACAUAGCUCCUCAGAACUGGACCUCCAGACAGAGACGUGUCAGGAAUCUGCUGUCUGGGCCUGUGACCAAAGCCCCAUAUUAAGACCGCAGACAGACACAGUGUAAAGCAAUGUGCUUUGGCCACAUACAGACAGAUCCAGAACUUAUUGACUCGAACACCACAUUCUUCUUAUUUCCCCUCCUCUUUCUGUCCCUGUCUCUUGCCUCUCCAUCUCCCCCGAUUUUCUACCCUCUCUUAUAGAGUAACAGUCAAAAGUUUGGACACACCUACUCAUUCCAGGGUUUUUCUUUAUUUUUACUGUUUUCUACAUUGUAGAAUAAUAGUGAAGCCAUCAAAACUAUGAAAUAACACAUAUGGAAUCAUUUUGGUUACUACAUGAUUCCAUAUGUGUUAUUUCAUAGUUGUGAUGUCUUAACUAUUAUUCUACAAUGUAAGAAAUAGUAAAAAAUUAAGAAAGCAAAAAAAAGGUUGGAAAAAUUUGGUUUUUUUGAUUGUUGGUUUUUUAAGGGGGUAGGUUUUGGGCCAAAUUUUGAUGGUUGUGAUUUUCCUAAUGGAAAUUGUUAAUCCAUAAGGUGUGUAUAUUUCCCUAAUGGGACUGUAUAUCCCCUAAUGGUUUGGGGUAACCAAAAAGGUAGGGUAAUCCUAAGGGGAAAGGGAGGAAAAAAGGGAAAAGGGCAAAGGGGAGGGGGGAAGGGGGGGGGGGAAAAGGCCGAGGGAAAAAAAGAGGAGGAAGGAAAGGGAAAAAAGGAGGAAAAGAGAAGAGACGGGCCGGGGGAGAAGGGGAAAGCGAGAGAGAGAGGGAACGGGGGUUUGGAGCCAAAAUAGGGAAGGGGAAACCCGGGGGGGGGUCUUUUUUCUCUCCUGGGUUUUUCUCUCUCCUCCUUUUCUUCUUCUCUCCUUUCCUCUAUCUUUCCUUCUGUGGUGCUAAGGGGGAAAAAGGAUCGUAUCUAUAAGAAUGUGAUGACCAAGGUGGAGGAGAUGAGCAGUGCUCAGAGGACUCUGUUCACUCUGGCCUACAACUACAAGCUGGAGCAGCUCUCCAAAGGACGCAGCACGCCACUGUGUGACAAGUACGUCAGUCAUCUACAGUACACACACACACACACAAAUCCUUGCAUAUACACACUAUAUAUAUUGCUCAUACAAAACCUCAUACAAAACAAAUAACAUAGUGAAGCACAGUUCAUCCAGGAAGUGUAAACAUGAAUUUUCCUUGCAGAUUAACUGAUCUCCUCCCCCUCCCCUCUACUCCCUCCAGCCUGGUCUUUAAGAAGGUGCGGUCCCUACUGGGGGGGAAGACCAGGGUGCUGCUGUCGGGCGGGGCGCCCCUCUCUGCCGCCACCCAGCGCUUCAUGAACGUGUGCUUCUGUUGCCCCGUGGGCCAGGGCUACGGCCUCACCGAGACCUGUGGAGCUGGAACCAUCAGCGAGAGUGAGAGAGUGAGAGAGUGAGAGAGUGAGAGAGUGAGAGAGAGAGAGAGGGGGGGGGGGGUUGAGGAAAGGAGGGAUACAGAGGGAUGGGAUAGGGUAGGAGGGAGGAGAGACAGUGGUGGAUACAGAGGGAUAGGAUAGGGUAGGAGGGAGGAGAGACAGUGGUGGAUACAGAGGGAUAGGAUAGGGUAGGAGGGAGGAGAGACAGUGGUGGAUACAGAGGGAUGGGAUAGGGUAGGAGAGAGGAGAGACAGUGGUGGAUACAGCGGGAUGGGAUAGGGUAGGAGAGAGGAGAGACAGUGGUGGAUACAGCGGGAUGGGAUAGGGUAGGAGGGAGGAGAGACAGUGGUGGAUACAGAGGGAUGGGAUAGGGUAGGAGAGAGGAGAGACAGUGGUGGAUACAGCGGGAUGGGAUAGGGUAGGAGGGAGGAGAGACAGUGGUGGAUACAGAGGGAUGGGAUAGGGUAGGAGGGAGGAGAGACAGUGGUGGAUACAGAGGGAUAGGGUAGGAGGGAGGGAGGGAGGAGAGACAGUGGUGGAUACAGCGGGAUGGGAUAGGGUAGGAGGGAGGAGAGACAGUGGUGGAUACAGAGGGAUGGGAUAGGGUAGGAGGGAGGAGAGACAGUGGUGGAUACAGAGGGAUAGGGUAGGAGGGAAGGAGGAGAGACAGUGGUGGAUACAGCAGGAUGGGAUAGGGUAGGAGGGAGGAGAGACAGUGGUGGAUACAGAGGGAUGGGAUAGGGUAGAAGGGAGGAGAGACAGUGGUGGAUACAGAGGGAUGGGAUAGGGUAGGAGGGAGGAGAGACAGUGGUGGAUACAGAGGGAUGGGAUAGGGUAGGAGGGAGGAAAGACAGUGGUGGAUCAGAGGGAUGGGAUAGGGUAGGCAAGAGGAGAGACAGUGGUGGAUACAGAGGGAUGGGAUAGGGUAGGAGGGAGGAGAGACAGUGGUGGAUACAGAGGGAUGGGAUAGGGUAGGAGGGAGGAAAGACAGUGGUGGAUCAGAGGGAUGGGAUAGGGUAGGUGAGAGGAGAGACAGUGGUGGAUACAGAGGGAUGGGAUAGGGUAGGAGGGAGGAGAGACAGUGGUGGAUACAGCAGGAUGGGAUAGGGUAGGCGAGAAGAGAGACAGUGGUGGAUACAGAGAGAUGGGAUAGGGUAGGAGAGAGGAGAGACAGUGGUGGAUACAGAGGGACGGGAUAGGGUAGGAGAGAGGAGAGACAGUGGUGGAUACAGCGGGAUGGGAUAGGGUAGGAGGGAGGAGAGACAGUGGUGGAUACAGAGGGAUGGGAUAGGGUAGGAGGGAGGAGAGACAGUGGUGGAUACAGAGGGAUAAGGUAGGAGGGAAGGGAGACAGUGGUGGAUACAGAGGGAUGGGGUAGGAGGGAGGAGAGACAAUGUUAGAUACAGAUGGAUGGGGUAGGAGGGAGGAGAGACAGUGGUGGAUACAGAGGGUUGGGGUAGGAGGGAGGAGAGACAGUGGUGGAUACAGAGGGAUGGGAUAGGAGGGAGGAGAGACAGUGGUGGAUACAGAGGGUUGGGGUAGGAGGGAGGGAGGAGAGACAGUGGUGGAUACAGAGGGAUGGGGUAGGAGGGAGGAGAGACAGUGGUGGAUACAGAGGGUUGGGGUAGGAGGGAGGAGAGACAGUGGUGGAUACAGAGGGAUGGAGCUGAAGAGAAAGGAAAGGAGAGACAGCAGAGUUCUAAAAUCAUGGAAAUAUCCAUUAGUUCUCCCCAAUGCAGGAAAGAACUGAAGCCAGCAGUGACCCAUUGCACAGCACCACUAUUAGCUAUGGUCCAAUGAGAAAGGGUUUCAGUGUUGUCAUGCCUUAGGGAUGGGAGUGAGAGCAGGGCCUUGGCAGGGUUACCAUGGUUGGGUCAGGUUGCCACGGUAACGGAUGAGGCGCAUUUAGCAUAACAGUGCCACUGUGUAUUGUACAGUGGUCAGUCACUGCAGCUUGUGAUGACGAUGUGUAUGUGUGUGUGUUCCAGUGUGGGACUACAGUACAGGGCGAGUUGGUGGACCGCUCAUUUGUUCUGAAAUCAAGCUCAAGGAUUGGGUGGAGGGUGAGUAACACAGACAGACAGGGAGGAGGACCCCUGGGUCUCUUUAUCCACACACACAUAUACACACACACACACUUAUGAAAACAAUGUCAUAUAGUUUACCAAUCCAUCCCACAUUAUUUACACAAAUGCCCUAGUCAGUGUGAGAGAUGGACAGCGUUUUAGGAGAAAGAUCACUCUCUCAUAUUUCAACUGCAUUCAGUUCUCCAUGACCUUGUAAGGAAGUCAUUCAAAACACAACUCUUUCCUCUGUACAGUUUUCCAUCAUACAUACAGUGCCUUCAGAAAGUAUUCACACCUGUUGACUUUUUCAAAAUGUUGUUGUUACAAGGUGGGAUUCAAAUAUAUUUAACUGUCAUUGUGUGUCAAUGAUCUACACAAUGUACUCUGUAAUGUCAAAGUGGAAGAAAAAUUAUAACAUUUGUAAAAAUAAAUUUGGAAAAAUAAAACCCUAAUAUAUCUUGAUUUCAUAAAUAUUCAAACCCCUGAGUCAAUACUUGUUAGAAUCACCUUUGGCAGCGAUUACAGCUGUGAGUAUUUCUGGGUAAGUCUCUAAGAGCUUUGCACACCUGGAUUGUACAAUAUUUGCACAUUAUUCUUUUUAAAAUUAUUCAAGCUCUGUAAAGUUGGUUGUUGAUCAUUGCUAGACAGACAUUUUCAAGUCUUGACAUAGAUUAUCAAGCCGAUUUUAAGUCAAAACUGUAACUAGGCCACUCAGGAACAUUCAAUGUCGUCUAGGUAAGCAACUCCAGUGUAUUUUUGGCCUUGUGUUUUAGGUUAUUGUCCUGCUGAAAGGUGAAUUUGUCUCCCAGUGUCUGUUGGAAAGCAGACUGAACCAGGUUUUCCUCUAGGAUUUUGCCUGUGCUUAGCUCUACUCUGUUUCUUUUUAUCCCAAAAAAGUCACUAGUCCUUGCCAAUGACAAGCAUACCCAUAACAUGAUGCAGCCACCACCUAUCACAGCUCACAAGAAGACCCAGAUGCAGACAGUUUCGAAGUAACAAAAGUUUAUUACAAAAACGGGGGCAGGCAAACGACAGGUCAAGGGCAGGCAGAGGUCAGUAAUCCAGAACAGAGUACAAAAAGUACAGAAUGGCAGGCAGGCUCAGGGGCAGGCAGAGGUCAGUAAUCCAAGGCAGUGUCACAAGGUACAGAACGGCAGGAAGGCUCAGGGUCAGGGCAGGCAGAAUGGUCAAAACCGGGAAAACUAGAAAACAAGAACUAGAGAAAAACAGGAGUACGGGAAAAACGCUGGUAGGCUUGACGAGACAAAACAAACUGGCAACAGACAAACAGAGAACACAGGUAUAAAUACACUGGGGAUAAUGGGUAGAUGGGCGACACCUGGAGGGGAGUAGAGACAAGCACAAAGACAGGUGAAAUAGAUCAGGGUGUGACCUUGACUAACUGGUGCCCCGCACAUUGACUCUGUACCGGUACCCCCUGUAUAUAGCCUCCCUACUGUUAUUUUAUUUAAUGCUACUUUUUAAUUAUUUGCUAUUUUUUAUUUUCUUAAAAACUGCAUUUUUGGUUAAGGGCUUGUAAGUAAGCAUUUCACUGUAAGGUCUACACCUGUUGUAUUCGGCACAUGUGGCAAAUAAAAUUUGACACCACCAUGCUUGAAAGUAUGAAGAGUGGUACUCAGUGAUGUGUUGUGUUGGAUUUGCCCCAAACAUUACGCUUUGUAUUCAGGACAUAAAGUUCAUUUCUUUGCCACAUUACUUAAUUGCCUUGUUACUGCUCUGUCCUCCAGGUGGCUACCACAGCACAGACACGCCCACCCCACGAGGCGAGAUCCUGAUUGGCGGGCCCAACGUUACCAUGGGUUACUACAAGAAUGAGGCCAAGAACCAGGACUUCUUUGUGGAUGACAACGGCCAGCGCUGGUUCUGUACUGGAGACAUAGGAGAAGUCCAUCCUGAUGGAUGCCUCAAGAUCAUUGGUGAGGAGCAGGGCUAACACCUCUUCUGAAUGGCCUCAUUCUCGGUUUCUACUCUAUUCCAAAGUGUUCCCUUUCACCAUGGUUAUGCACCCAAGUUCAUAUUUGCUAAGAUACACAUUUACAUUUGGGCAUGUCCAUCAAAGGAGGCUGGUGGGAGGAGCUAUAGGAUGACGGGCUCAUUGUAAUGGUUGAUGACGGGCUCCUGAGUGGCGCAGUGUACUCCUGAGUGGCGCAGUGGUCUAAGGCACUGCAUCGCAGUGCUAACUGUGCCACUAGAGAUCCUGGUUCGAAUCCAGGCUCUGUCGCCGCCGACCGCGACCGGGAGACUCAUGGGCGGCGCACAAUUGGCCCAGCGUCGUCCAGGGUAGGGGAGGGAAUGGCCGGCAGGGAUGUAGCUCAGUUGAUAGAGCAUGGCGUUUGCAACGCCAGGGUUGUGGGUUCGAUUCCCACGGGGGGCCAGUAUAAAAAAAAUAUGUAUUCACUAACUGUAAGUCGCUCUGGAUAAGAGCGUCUGCUAAAUGACUAAAAUGUAAAUGUUGAAAUGAAAUCUAUGGAGUGGAGUCAAAUACGUUGUUUCCAUGUGUUUGAUGUGUUUGGUACCAUUCCACUGAUUGCAUUCCAGCCAUGACAACGAGCCUGUCAUCCUAUAUCUCCUCCCACCAGCCUCCUCUGAUGUCUAUAUAGAGUAGUAUGUAAAAAGAAAAAUCCCUGAUACCACCUACGCCAGCACACCACAUCAACAUCAUGCCCAAACCCACUGAAUCCCUUCUAAACAACCUAUGCCCCUACGUUCAUCUAUCAGUCUAGCAGGGCAGCUCCCAAGAACAACUGUUUCCCAAUUCCACCUCACUUCUGACAAUUCCUCUUGAGCCGUGUUUACAUUAGACUGACAGAAAUCCUACGGUUCUCUGUUGUCUACAUCUGUCUGUAAAGAUUUGCAGUGCAGUGGAAAAUGUGCUGUUUCUCCUCCAGUUCUACUCAGUGUGUCCCUGUGUCUACAGAUCGUAAGAAGGACCUGGUUAAGCUCCAGGCUGGAGAGUAUGUGUCUCUGGGGAAGGUGGAGGCCAUGCUGAAGAACUGCCCCCUUAUAGACAACAUCUGUGCCUACGCCAACAGGUGUGUGUGUGUGUGCGUGUUUUUGUUUAACUAUCCUUGUGGCAGUUUAGGUUGCUGAAAGGAGCGAUUGUAAUGGCAUCAAACCAUGUGUUUGAUGUAUUUGAUACCAUUCCACUAAUUCCGCUCCAGCCAUUACCACCAGCCCGUCCUGCCCAAUUAAGGUGCCACCAACCUCCUGUGCCUUGUGGGUACCAGAAGUCCUCAAGGAUAGUAAAAGAAGGACAAUUCGGGCAAGUGGGGACAUUUUGCCGCUUCCCACAAGAAAAACUGCUAUUUUAGGCUUAGGAGUUAGGUUUAGGGUUAGGGUUACAAUUAGGGUUAGAUUUAGGGUUAGGGAAAAUAGGAUUUUGGAUGGUGUGACGAGGUGUGAAUGAAGGAGUCAGGCGAAGGAGGUAAAAUACCGAAGUCCAGAGUUUAUUCCGUUUACAUAAAUAAAACGCCCAAAGCGUCAAACGACACUGUACAAGGGAAAACAUCCACCUUGGCAUAAACACAGUGAAUAGUAGCUCAACCGAGCAACACGCUCUCACAACAAACAAUCACUCACAAAGACAAGGAGAACAGAGGGAACACUUAUACACAUACUAAUUAGGGGAAUGAGCACCAGGUGUGUGUGAUUGACAAGACAUGACAAGUGGAGUGAUGAGAAUGGGAUCAGCAGUAGCUAGUACUCCGGUGACGACGAAUGCCGAAGCCUGCCCGAACCAGGAGGGGGGGCAGCCUCGGCGGAAGUCGUGACAGUACCCCCCCCCCCCCCCUCCUCCUCAGGAUGUCAUCGAUGUAGACCACCACACCGCGACCAAGCAUGUCCCGAAACACCUCGUUCACAAAGGACUGGAAAACGGAUGGAGCAUUCAUCAAACUGUAGGGCAUCACCAGGUAUUCAUAAUACCCCGAGGUUGUGCUGAAUGCUGUUUUCCACUCAUCCCCUUACCGAAUACGCACCAGGUUGUAGGCACUCCUGAGGUCUAAUUUGGUGGAAAAGCGGGCCCCAUGCAUUGACUCAAUCACUGAAGGAAUGAGGGGAAGAGGAUAACUAAAUCGUACCGUCACAUAAUUCAGUGGUCGAUAAUCAAUGCACGGGUGUAAACCGCCAUCUUUCUUCUUCACAAAGAAGAAACUCGAGGAGGCAGGUGAAGUGGAGGGACGUAUAUACCCCUGGCACAGGGACUCGUGACAUAUGUUUCCAUCGCCUCCGUUUCAGCCUGCGACAGGGGAUACACAUGACUCCUGGGAGGUACAGCGUCUACCCGAAGGUUUAUCGCGCAAUCCCCCUCCCGAUGAGGUGGUAAUUUAGUCGCUUGCGUCUUGGAAAACGUGAGCGCCAGAUCAUGGUAUCCAGGGGGAAUGCGCACGGUGGGGGUACUGUCUGGACUUUCCACCGUGGUCGCACCAACGGAAACACCUAGACACCUACCCGGACACUCACGCGACCACCCUGUAAGAACCCUCUGCGGCAAUGAGAAAUUGGGGUUGUGAAGGGCUAACCACGGGAUACCCAAGACUACAGGGUAAGCAGGAGACUCAAUAAUCAUAAAGGUGAUCUGCUCAACAUGCGUCUCCUGCGUAAUCAUGGUGACUGGUACCGUAACUUCCUUAACCAACCCGGACCCUAAUGGUCGACUAUCAAGUGCUCUGAUGGGGAGUGGAAUGGUUAGGGGAACCAAUGAAAUGCCUUGACGGCGUGCAAAUGCCCUGUCCAUAAAAUACCCAGCUGCGCCUGAAUCGACUAGCGCCUUACACUGGGAACCUACCAAGUGAUCGGGAAAGGAGAUAGAUAAAGUACAGUGCGCCGCAAAGGGCUCUGAACACGUUUGGGUGUUCGUUACCUGGGGUGAUGCGUGAGUACCCUGCCUACCGCCUCCAGACCCAAAAGAACGUUGACUGCAACGUGAGGUGGAUUGUCCCUUCGUGCCACCAGAGUGGCACUGUCGCUGUCCUCCUGCGCUCUCUCGACCGGCGGCUCCCCCCAGCUCUAUCUGCUCGGGGUCAGAGUCGUCCGGAGUGGUAACGGGCAGACCCCUACCAGGACGUCCUCUGGCUGCUAGCAGAUUGUCCAGCUGGAUGGCCAUGUCCACCAGUUGGGAGAACGAUAGCAUGGCAUCCCGGCAGGCUAGCUCCCGUCGGACGUCCUCCCUUUGAUGGCAAUGGAAAUGGUCGAUCAGGGCCCGCUCGUUCCACCCGGACCACGCUGCCAGCAUCCGGAACUCCAGCGCGUAGUCCUGAGCGGUCCUCGUCCUCUGCCUCAGAUGAACCAGUCGUUCGCCUGCCUCUCGACCCUCAGGCGGGUGAUCAAAAACGGCCCGAAAGAGGCGAGCAAACUCUCCGUAGUCCUCCAAUGCGGUACCUUCCUCGUUCCACACCGCGUUGGCCCACUCCAGGGCUCUCCCACAAAGGCAGGAAACGAGGACGGAUACCUUCUCCCGCUCCCGGGGCGCCGGCCUGAUGCUGGAGAAAUACAACUCCAGUUGGAGUAGGAAUCCCUUACAUCACGCUGCCGUCCCAUCAAACGCCGAUGGCCGGGAUAUCUGGAUCCCUCCAGGGGCUGGGGUGUAGGUGGCUGGAUCCGGUUGACCAGCUGGUCUCGAUAGAUCGGAUCCUCUCCUCUCCAGGCGUUGUACCACCUGAAGAACCCGAUCCAUCGCUUCCCCCAAGCUGGCCAACAUCGAGGAAUGCUCCUGGACCCUUGCCACAACUCCAGGCAUGCGGUCUUCUCCUGCUGACUUCAUAUCAGAUCAGGUGAGUGAUUCUGUGACGAGGUGUGAAAGAAGGAGUCAGGCGCAGGAGGUAAAAUACUGAAGUCCAGAGUUUAUUCCGUUUACAUAAAUCAAACACCCAAAGCGUCAAACGACACUAUUACAAGGGAAAACAUCCACCUUGGUCCUCUGUAGCUCAGCUGGUAGAGCACGGCGCUUGUAACGCCAAGGUAGUGGGUUCGAUCCCCGGGACCAACCACACGCAAAAAAAAAAUAUGCACGCAUGACUGUAAAUCGCUUUGGAUAAAAGCGUCUGCUAAAUGGCAUAUUAUUAUUAUUAUUAUUAUUAUAAACACAGUGAAUAGUAGCUCAACCGAGCUACACGCUCUCACAACAAACAAUCACUCACAAAGACAAGGGGAACAGAGGGAACACUAAUACACAUACUAAUUAGGGGAAUGAGCACCAGGUGUGUGUGAUUGACAAGACAUGACAAGUGGAGUGAUGAGAAAGGGAUCGGCAGUAGCUAGUACUCCGGUGACGACGAACGCCAAAGCCUGCCCGAACCAGGAGGGGGGGCAGACUUGGCGGAAGCCGUGACAGUUGGGAAUCAAUUAUUUGGUCCCCACAAGGAUAGCAAUACAAAACUGUGUGUGUGUGUGUGUGUGUGUGUGUGUGUGUGUGUGUGUGUGUGUGUGUGUGUGUGUGUGUGUGUGUGUGUGUGUGUGUGUGUGUGAAUCAGUCUAUGUAAAAAAACGGAGACAUGGUGGUGUCUUCUUAACCGUUAUCUCUCUUCAGCGAUGAGAUGUACGUGAUUGGCUUUGUGGUGCCCAAUCAGAAGCAUCUGCUUUCGCUAGCGGAGCAGUAUCGUAUCCGGGGCUCAUGGGAGGAGCUGUGUAACAACGCUGCCAUGGAGGAGGUAGUCCUGCAGGUCAUCACCGAGGCCGCCCUAUCAGGUGAGAGGUCAAAGGUCAUCAGACCUUGGAGAGAGAGGAGAGCGAUGUUAUAGAAAGAUGGUAGUGGUAGUAGUAGAUACAGGUUAUAGUGAGUCAGGUUGAAGCUCUACUUUUGUCAUCCAUUCCUUUUGGUGGUGCUUUGGUUUCAUAUCUGACUGGAAUUAUGAUGCAUUUCCUCUUCUUGUCUGUCUGUGCAGCCCAGCUGGAGCGGUUUGAGAUCCCCCGUAAGAUCCGUCUGAGCCCUGACCCCUGGACCCCCGAGACGGGCCUGGUGACCGAAGCCUUCAAGCUCAAACGCCAGCAGCUGAAGAGCAAGUACCAGGACGACAUCGAGAGAAUGUACGGUGGGAAGUAGGACCAGACCAGACCAGACCAGAACCUCUCCAAGCACAGAGCCGCUCAGCUCCUAUCCCCACCCGACCCCCAUCCCGACCCUCAUCCCGGACCAGCCCCCAGAAGCACUGAAAUUACUUGAAUCUACUUUGUUCUCCUGAGACCAAAAAGAUGGACAGAGAUAGAGAGAGAGACAGAUUGAGAGAGAUAGAGGGAGAAAAAUAUAAAUAUCAAAGAGAGGAGGCUGUGUUGUUGCAAUAUUCCCCCUCUACUGUUCCUUUAUUCGAUAAAAUGGCUUUGCUUAAAAAUUCAAAUCAAUAGACAAUAGCCUAGCCCUGAAGACUGUUGAAGAGAAGUAUUAGUUAGGUGAGAGUAAGUAACGGGUGUUGUUGGAACACCCUAAAACAGUAUCUCCAUGUUCAUUCCACUCCUUGCCCAUGUUCAUUCCACUUCUUACCCUCUUUGGAGAUGAUUUUCCUCCAGAUGUGAGUUAUGAGACAGGACAGGUAGGUCAUGUUCACUGUUGAGCUCAUGUCUGUCUGAGUGUUGUCGACCGUUAUUGAAGCACAAGCUCAGGUUGGUUGGAAAAGGUUCUGAUUUAACCCCAAUGCCCUUCUGUCUGAGGGUGUCAGGAAUGCUAAGCCAUGAGAGCCUGUAGAGAUCAAGUACCAUUAACAUUUUGGUUAAAAUCUGUAUAGAUUUUAUUUUCUCCUUUAAUUCUGCGAUUCUGUCCACGUUAGUCCACAUUGGCUGAUUCUCUGUCCAAGUUCCAAAUCCAGGGCUGCUCACUGGCUAAUUCUCAGCCAUAUUCCUGAAUCCAGGUUUUUCCAUUGCUUAUUCUCUGGUUUAUUUCAGAACCUAGUUCUGCCCGGAGACUAGUCUUACUUCCUGCAGGACAGGAAUAAACUAGCUGUUGGUGUUUAUUUUUGUUGUGUUUGGUUGAUGCUGUUUUUUCUGCUUAGUGAGGCUUUAGCACUGUGAUUUCUAUUAGAUUCCCAUCUGCCCAUCUGAUCCUACAAGCACGAAGUCAACAGGAGGUUCAGAGAGACUAAGAUAAGAUAAUUACUUUAUUAUCCCCAUGGGGAAAUGUGGGUUUCAGCUAGGGCAGUGAAAUGUUGUCUCUGCCCCUAGAAGAAAAACUGAACAUUUGGAGGUGAGUGUAUUUCUUUCAGAACUCUUCCCUUGACGUUUCUAUCAUUCAUAUUAUUGUUAUUAUUUAUGAUAAUGCCAAUUAAUAAUACUCUUGUCAUGAACUCAUAAAGUUUGUAAGAAAGAUGUAGAUUGGUGAAUACCAUUUUGUGGUAGAAAACAUAUUCGUACUCUGUUAUAGGUGUGCACUUACAUGAACCACACAUUCACGUGCUAAUGUAAGAGCUGUCGUUCUAGAAUCACUGUCAUGCUUGAAGUGAACAGUGUGCAAUAUGAUAAUAUAACAUUUGGACCAAACUAGGGUAGGAUUACUUGGCCGAUGGCAAGAAGAGAUGCACACAAAACACUCACACAAAACAGUUCCGUACAAGAAUUUUGAUAAUUUAGUUAAGAGCACAGCUUCAGCAUUUAUGUGUGUGUGUGUGUGCGUGCGCAUGCAUGCGGUGUUCUCGCACUUGAAAAGGCCAUUCCUUGUAUGUUGUUGUAUGUGAUACACCACAGCAAAAGAUGGCCUUGAGCUUUCCUAAAUGGUCCAAACAUGGCUCUGUAGAACAUCAUUCCACACAUGACACAUGUUGCCUUUUCUUGGGAUUUCAAGUGGAUAACUACGCAUAGGAAAUAUUUUAAUAACAAUGCUGUACACAGUGAUGUAAGAUAUCGUUUCUUGACAUUAUGUGUUACUGUAACCCAGAAUAACAUGCCUUUCUGAUGUUUUCCUGUAUACUAUACAUACAGUAUAUGAGGGGCAGUGAUCACUGGAGAAGGAAUUAUUAUAGCCUCUAUUUUAAAUCUAUUGUAGCUUUAUAAUAUAUACCUGUUUUGUUACUCCUCUCCCAUUUGUCCGGGGAAUCUGCCUUGUAACAUAAGUGCAUCAAUUGUAUUUAUUUGUAAUUUGCCUGGGAAAUUAUUACAUGAAGAAGUAAAUAAAGAUUGUGUUUGGUCUAUCAGUGCUGUCCUGAGUUAUUUGAGUGCAAAUUGAGAAAUUAGGCUGUCUUAAAAAUCUGACGUCCAUUAUGUUGUCCAUUACAAUUAGACCCAUAAUAAAGCAGUGAUUGGUGACGCACCGUUAGGUGGUUAUGAUGAGGGAUGUAGCUCAGUUGGUAGAGCAUGGCGUUUGCAACACCAGGGUUGUGGGUUCGAUUCCCACAGGGGGCCAGUAUGGAAAACAUUUUUUUUUUAAAUAAUGUAUGCACUCACUAACUGUAAGUCGCUCUGGAUAAAAGCAUCUGCUAAAUGACUAAAAUGUAAAUGUAAUGAUGACUGCGUGAGAAAGUUCUGUUUGAGCUGUAAGCGAGAACGAAGUAUUUGAACUUAAUUUAUCCAAUAAGCUCAAAACGGACCAGGCUAAUCAAACUAAACAAUCGUGCCCACCAUCGUCAUUCGUCAAAGCCUACUUAUUUGAGGCUCAAAUUUCCAAACCCCUCCCGUUAGCACUAUCCUAGAUAAUGUGUUGUUUAAGUGGUUUUAUACUCUGUUUAAUGAUCUGUAAUAAGAACAUGUAACAUGUAGGUGAAGGUGUAGUAAUAGCCAACUCAGCACAGAUCCACGUCCAAUAAUACAUAUACACUACCAGUCAAAUGUUUGGACACACCUUUUUAUCUAGAUUGUAGAAUAAUAGUGAAGACAUCAAAACUAUGAAAUAACACAUAUGGAAUCAUGUAGUAACCAAAAAAGUGUUAAACAAAUCAAAAUAUAUUUUAUAUUUGAGAUUCUUCAAAUAGUCACCCUUUGCCCCCCCCCCCAUAAAAAAUUAAUAAAGUGGUUGUCCCACUGGCUAUCAUAAGUUGAAUGCACCAAUUUGUAAGUUGCUCUGGAUAAGAGCGUCUGCUAAAUGAUGUAAAUGUAAAUGUAAAUGACAGCUUUGCACACUCUUGGCAUUCUCUCAACCAGCUUCACCUGGAAUGCUUUUCCAACAGUCUUGAAGGACUUCGCACAUAUGCUGAACACUUGUUGGCUGCUUUUCCUUCACUCUGCGGUCCGACUCAUCCCAAACCAUCUCAAUUGGGUUGAGGUCAAGGGAUUGUGGAGGCCAUGUCAUCUGAUGCAGCACUCCAUCACUCUCCUUCUUGGUAAAAUAGCCCUUUCACAGCCUGGAGGUGUGUUGGGUCAUUGUCCUGUUGAAAAAUAACUGAUAGUCCCACUAAGUCCAAACCAGAUGGGGUGGAGUAUCACUGUAGAAUGCUGUGGUGGCCAUGCUGGUUAAGUUUGCCUUGAAUUCUAAAUACAGUGGGGGGAAAAAGUAUUUAGUCAGCCACCAAUUGUGCAAGUUCUCCCACUUAAAAAGAUGAGAGAGGCCUGUAAUUUUCAUCAUAGGUACACGUCAACUAUGACAGACAAAUUGAGAAAAAAAAUCCAGAAAAUCACAUUGUAGGAUUUUUAAUGAAUUUAUUUGCAAAUUAUGGUGGAAAAUAAGUAUUUGGUCACCUACAAACAAGCAAGAUUUCUGGCUCUCACAGACCUGUAACUUCUUCUUUAAGAGGCUCCUCUGUCCUCCACUCGUUACCUGUAUUAAUGGCACCUGUUUGAACUUGUUAUCAGUAUAAAAGACACCUGUCCACAACCUCAAACAGUCACACUCCAAACUCCACUAUGGCCAAGACCAAAGAGCUGUCAAAGGACACCAGAAACAAAAUUGUAGACCUGCACCAGGCUGGGAAGACUGAAUCUGCAAUAGGUAAGCAGCUUGGUUUGAAGAAAUCAACUGUGGGAGCAAUUAUUAGGAAAUGGAAGAUAUACAAGACCACUGAUAAUCUCCCUCGAUCUGGGGCUCCACGCAAGAUCUCACCCCGUGGGGUCAAAAUGAUCACAAGAACGGUGAGCAAAAAUCCCAGAACCACACGGGGGGACCUAGUGAAUGACCUGCAGAGAGCUGGGACCAAAGUAACAACGCCUACCAUCAGUAACACACUACGCCGCCAGGGACUCAAAUCCUGCAGUGCCAGACGUGUCCCCCUGCUUAAGCCAGUACAUGUCCAGGCCCGUCUGAAGUUUGCUAGAGUGCAUUUGGAUGAUCCAGAAGAGGAUUGGGAGAAUGUCAUAUGGUCAGAUGAAACCAAAAUAUAACUUUUUGGUAAAAACUCAACUUGUCGUGUUUGGAGGACAAAGAAUGCUGAGUUGCAUCCAAAGAACGCCAUACCUACUGUGAAGCAUGGGGGUGGAAACAUCAUGCUUUGGGGCUGUUUUUCUGCAAAGGGACCAGGACGACUGAUCCGUGUAAAGGAAAGAAUGAAUGGGGCCAUGUAUCGUGAGAUUUUGAGUGAAAACCUCCUUCCAUCAGCAAGGCCAUUGAAGAUGAAACGUGGCUGGGUCUUUCAGCAUGACAAUGAUCCCAAACACACCGCCCGGGCAACGAAGGAGUGGCUUCGUAAGAAUCAUUUCAAGGUCCUGGAGUGGCCUAGCCAGUCUCCAGAUCUCAACCCCAUAGCAAAUCUUUGGAGGGAGUUGAAAGUCUGUGUUGCCCAGUGACAGCCCCAAAACAUCACUGCUCUAGAGGAGAUCUGCAUGGAGGAAUGGGACAAAAUACCAGCAACAGUGUGUGAAAACCUUGUGAAGACUUACAGAAAACGUUUGACCUGUGUCAUUACAGGCCUCUCACAUCUUUUUAAGUGGGAGAACUUGCACAAUUGGUGGCUGACUAAAUACUUUUUUUCCCCACUGUAACAAAGUAUUGAGAAACUUUUGUUAUUGACCAAAUACUUAUUUUCCACCAUAAUUUGCAAAUAAAUUCAUUAGAAAUCCUACAAUGUGAUUUUCUGGAUUUUUUUCUUCUCAAUUUGUCUGUCAUAGUUGACGUGUACCUAUGAUGAAAAUUACAGGCCUCUCUCAUCUUUUUAAGUGGGAGAACUUGCACAAUUGGUGGCUGACUAAAUACUUUUUUCCCCCACUGUAAAUCACAGACAGUGUCACCAGCAAAGCACCCCCACACCAUAACACCUCCUCCUCCUUGCUUUACGGUGGGAAUUAUUAUUAUUAUUAUAAAUACACAUGCGGAGAUCAUCCGUUCACUCACACCGCGUCUCACAAAGACACAGUGGUUUGAACCAAAAAUCUCAAAUUUGGACUCCAGACCAAAGGACAAAUUUCCACCGGUGUAAUGUCCAUUGCUCGUGUUUCUUGGCCCAAGCAGGUCUCUUCUUCUUAUUGGUGUCCUUUAGUAGUGGUUUCUUUUCAGCAAUUCGACCAUGAAGGCCUGAUUCACACAGUCCCCUCUGAACAGUUGAUGUUGAGAUGUGUCUGUUACUUGAACUCUGUGAAGCAUUUAUUUAGGCGGCAAUUUCUGAGGCUGGUAACUCUAAUGACCUUAUCCUCUGCAGCAGAGGUAACUCUUGGUCUUCCAUUGCUGUGGUGGUCCUCAUGAGAGCCAGUUUCAUCAUAGCGCUUGAUGGAUUUUGCGACUGCACUUGAAGAAACGUUCAAAGUUCUUGAAAUUUUCCGUAUUGACUGACCUUGACUGACCAUGUCUUAAAGUAAUGAUGGACUGUCGUUUCUCUUUGCUUAUUUGAGCUGUUCUUGCAAUAAUAUGGACUUGGUCUUUUACCAAAUAGGGCUAUCUUCUGUUAACACACAACUGAUUGGCUCAAACGCAUUAAGAAGGAAAGAAAUUCCACAAAUUAACUUUUAAGAAGGCACACCUGUUAAUUGAAAUGCAUUCCAGGUGACAACCUCAUGAAGCUGGUUGAGAGAAUGCCAAGAGUGUGCAUAGCUGUCAUCAAGGCAAAGGGUGGCCAUUUGAAGAAUCUCAAAUAUAAAAUAUAUUUUGAUUUGUUUAACACUUUUUUGGUUACUACAUGAUUCCAUAUGUGUUAUUUCAUAGUUUUGAUGUCUUCACUAUUAUUCUACAAUGUAGAUAAUAGUAAAAAAUAAAUAAAUAAAAAACUGGAAUGAGUAGGUGUGUCCAAACUUUUGACUGGUACUGUAUGUGCAGUUGAAAUUUGGCCAUAGAAUCAAUGACCAAAAAAGUAUUUUCACAUUUCUUCCAGAAACGAAAAUUUACCUGAUUUCAAUGUCUGGGAAAUAUGUAUUUUCAAUGUCCGGGAGGUGCAAUAUUGGGAGGUGUAAUAUUGAAAUGACAGGAUUUGUGUGCAAGAGUUGAAUCAUUGCUCACCCAAAAACUCACAUGAAUACAUGUCGAUGGAAGAUUAUUUUGCAUCAAUUCUAUAAACAGCUGUUAAAUAUUGUAUUUGAUCAGAAAAGGAAAAGUCAGUUUAGUAACUUGACAGAAUUGGAACAUAGCGUUCUAAUUAAGCAAUAAGGCCCAGGGGGGUGUGGUAUAUGGCCAAUAUACCAAGGCUAAGGUCUGUUCUUAAGCACAACACAACGCAGAGUGCCUGGAUACAGCCCUUAGACAUGGUAUAUUGGCCAUAUACCACAAACCCCCCGAGGUGCCUUAUUGCUAUUAUAAACUGGUUACCAACGUAAUUAGAGCAGUACAAAUAAAUGCUUUGUCAUACCCAUGGUAUAUGGUCUGAAAUACCAUGGCUGUCAGCCAAUCAGGAUUCAGGGCUCGAACCACCCAGUUUAUAAAAAUCUGUUAACCACUUUUUGUCACAUUUGUGUCUGGGCUGUGUCCACUCGACAUUUGAAACUGGGCCAAAACGUGCCUCUCGACCACAGAGUCCACGUGAUUGGUGACAUCCCAAGGUCGCUAUAUAAAUAUUCCCAUGCACUUGGAUAUCCUGUUAAAUUCGAGAGGCGCACACACCCACGAGGACACGGAUCAUACAGCUGGGUCCACAUGUUCCACAGCUCUGUUGCUCGGUAAGUUGGAUAAGUAGUGUAUCAAUAGUAAAAAUAGGCUUUAGCCAUUGUUCACUAAGUUAUGUCUUAUAAAAAAAAUAUCUGGCUAAAUAGGCAUACUUUUAUACGAUUAAUAAAAUAAUUCCUAUAGCCUGCAAUUGAGGAAUGGUGUGCUUAAACGUGUGCUUAAAUGUGUGCGUGUGCGUAAAAGUGUGGGUAAAGAAUCAAGAUCAUAACCUCUGUACAUUUUUUUAUUUUUAAAGGAAACUUUUCAGUCCACUUCAUAAAAUCCAC